AUGCCUCGAGCUCCAAAACGACGACGCUACAUGCUUGAGGAAGACCUUCCAUCCCAAAGGGAGGCACAGGGCCGUGUGGAUGCACAGAUUCCUGAGGCUGAGGAAGAAGAUUCUUCCUCAUCUUCAACCUGUUCCUCCUCUUUCCCCUCCUCUUCCUCCUCCUCUUCCUCUCUCUAUCCUUUGGUUUCAAGUACCCCUAGUACCCCAGAGGAGGUUUGUGGUGCUGCUGGGACAGCAAGUCCUCCCCAGAGCCCUCCAAGUGCCUGCCCCUCCACCACUUCCAUUGCCACUGCCACUCCAUUGAGCCAAUCCAGCAACCCAAAAGAGGAGGGUCCAAGUACCUCUGAGGCCCUGCCACACACAAAGGUUUUGCCAAGAUUUGUGAUUGAUGAUAAGGUAGCUGAUCUGGUUAGGUUCCUGCUCCUAAAGUAUCGCAGAAAGGAGCUGACCACAAAGGAAGAAAUGCUAAGUAGCAUCAUCAAAGAGUACCAAAACCACUUUGCUGUAAUCUUUAGUGAAGCCUUAGAGUGCAUGCAACUGGUUUAUGGCAUUGAUGUGAAGGAAGUGGACCCGACCAACCACUCCUAUGUCCUAGUCACUAAACUGGGCCUCACCUAUGAUGGGAUGAUGAGCAAUGAGCAUAGUAUGCCCAAGACUGGCCUUCUGAUAUUUAUCCUAAGUAUAAUCUUUGUGGAGGGUAAUUGUGUACCUGAAGAGAAGAUAUGGGAAGCACUAAAUGUAAUGGGGUUGCAUGCCGGGAGGGAACAUUGCAUCUAUGGGGAGCCCAGGGAGCUCAUCACCAAAGAGUGGGUGCAGGAACAGUAUCUGGAGUACCGGCAAGUGCUUAACAGCGAUCCUGCAUGCUAUGAGUUCCUGUGGGGUCCCAGGGCCCACGCUGAAACCAGCAAGAUGAAAGUCCUGGAGUUUUUGGCCCAGGUCAAUGAGACUGACCCCAGAUCCUUCCCACACUGGUAUGAAGAGGCUUUGAGAGAUGAGGAACAGAGAAACCAGGCCACAAUUGACACCACAGAUAAUACUACUGCCAUGGCCAGUGCAAGCUCUUGUGCCAUGUAG